ACUAGCAUCACACUUUCAAUAUCUCUAUCUAGAUUUUGUUUUUGUCUAUAUCAUUCAAUCAUAUAUCUUCUUAAAUCUCCAUUUUUCAUAUACAUCCAAUAAUUAAAACUUAAAGAGUUAAAGAGCCUUGGUUUUUGACUAAGCUUAGCCUAAUGUUAUGUUUCCAGUUCCGAAGAGCUUAUAUAAGAAGACACCCUAACAACAAAAUAAUCAUACCAACAACAAGAAAGCCUCUCGAGAAAAAAAAUGGAUUACUCUAGUGUUUUUGCUGGAGACAAUGGAGUGAACCAAGAGAAGCCUCCACCGCGAGUGUGUCCAAGGUGUAACUCAACCAACACUAAGUUCUGUUACUACAACAACUAUAGGGUGUCUCAACCGCGCUACAAGUGCAAAGACUGUCUCCGCCACUGGACUCAUGGUGGAGCGCUAAGGAACAUACCGAUUGGUGGAAGUGGUCGUAUUAUCAAUCAUACAAGGAUAGAUCAACCUCUUGUUUCUCAGGCAGUUUCUGCUGGGAUCCAACAAGUUAGUCCUCGUCACCAACCUUUCUUACAUGGUCAAGAAACAAACAAGUUUGUUGGAUCUUUUGGUGAUUCUUCUUCUGGCAUUGCUUUUGGGAACCAGAUAGGUUCUUUUCCUGAAAUUCAUAGCGAUCUGGUGCUUCCACUUCCACCAAUGGAUCACUCUUAUUUCCAUGAUGGAUUGUUUCAACAGGAUUACUACAACAUUGAGUCCAAUGCUUUGAUUGGUAAUUAUUUGAAUAACCAAUCAAUUGGUAAUCAUUUGAUUAACCAAUCAAUUGGUAGUUAUAAUCUUAUGAGCUCUCAUCAUAACAGUUACAUUAAUCAAGAGGAUCAAAACAAGUGGAACCAGAGAUUCAACAAUACUAUGAACAUGAAUCAUAAUGCCAGCACCAGUGGAAGCAGAGUAUCUUUGGAGAGUGAUCACAUGAACAAGAACAACGGCAACAUCAAAAACAACUGUGUGUGUAAGUCCUCUUACCAUUUGGAGAAGCAUGGUCCUUGAUUCUUAGCCGUAUUCCUUUAAUGUUUUUGUUGUUUCUUCCCAAGUGAUGUAAGCUUGCUUCCGUUGUUGUUUCCCAAAGAUACAUAAGUUUAUUGUAUAAAUAAUAUAUAUGUAUAUGAAUAUCUAUAUAUGAUAGCCGUUUGCUGUAAAAAAAAAAAGAAUAUCUAUAUAUAAUCAGUCCGUUAUUUAUUUUGUAA